GACAUCAACUACCACUUCGCUUCACCAAAGUGGCCCUUGAUGGAGACACCUUUCCAGCACUUUGACGACCUCGUGUUAUCUCAUCUCUGAAAUUGUUAUCCGAGAAUACCGGCGUCACUCCUUUAGUCUGGCGUCGAACGUUCAGCACCGUCUCUCGCUAGAAUUUCCUGGCCUUCUCUGGCUUCCUUUCUGGCCGCCUUUUGGGUCCUGGACUCCCGUCCUGGGGUUUCUGACGACAGCAAACCAACAACACCAUAACGGCAGCGCCAAUAUACCUAACCUAUCUUGGAUCUCCCAGGGGCAGGGGUUACCUUUUUCACGCCUCCCACGCCUCUCGCGCACGCUCUUUUUGGGCAGGACACACGCCUUUGAUCGUGAUCUCAUCCAUCCCCAGCUCUGGUCGCCUACCGUCGAUAGCCUUUGUCCUCCCAGCGUCACUCGAGGCAGACAAGGUGCCCCUGACGCCCUGUUUCCUCACUUGGGCCUUUGUCAUCGGCCUCACCUUGACGCCCAGAACUCCCCGGAGUCCUCUCGACAACAGCGACUUCUGCGGCGCUGCAACGUUGAGGACACCUCGCUGCCCUCACACCCUUCCAAAGAAGUGGGAGACCGGAGAACUAGGGGGGUGCGCGAGGGGUGCCACUUGACCAGGGACUUGUGCUGGGGUUGGCUAGCGUACCGCACUGGCAGCUAGGGGCGUUCAAGGGUCGCAUCCAAGGGUUGCCGGGAUAGGUCGACCACCUUCACCCUCACCGACCUGAUCAUCCUUCUUCGACGCUUCCUCGCUGUUCAUACAAUUCUUCCCGAUUCCGACAACAUUCCAUUAUCGAGACGCACCGAGACGCCAUUGUGUCGUCUUCCCCGCAUUUUGGCUUCCCGCUGUCGUCUAACCCACCGACAGCCUUGUGGUGCCUAGCUCCGUUCCGUUCCUCCUCGCUCGACGGAAAGCCCCAACUCCAGCUCGUGUCGCGCAUUCCUCCGAGUUCCGUCUUCCAUCAAACCACGAAUUCAACAUCAACUGCGGCCGAGAAGAACAUUCUACCCAGAAACCGCUUGGUUUUCUUCCGUUUGAUAACCUACCGCCCCCGAACAGACCAGCCUCUGUUACUAGACCGCCUAAACGACCACCUGGCAUCCGGCUUGACGUAAAGCUUUCGAUCGCCCUGGGCCUUGCCUGCUUCAGGUGCUGGGUUGGAGAGACCUCGGGGAUUUGGGGUGAUACGUCUGGCAUAGAUGGUGAAUGGUAAUAGGAAGUGUUUUGGAUGAAGCAUUUGCGGAAUAAAGCACCCGUUGUUACAACAUUAGCUUUCGUCAUUCGCCUCGCUCCUGCCAACUCCCCCCAACAAACUCGGGGACCUGCAUGGUGGUUCCUUCCAAUUCAACCCUGUUCAACCGUUAAGUGAAGCGGCUCAAGCCCAGAGAAGGCAAGAAUGGCUUCGGAAAGCUUCAUGCCGACAGUAAAAUGCUCGUCAUGCGGAUCCCAAGUUCCGAUAUCUAUGAUGGGCGAACAUGUUUGCGCCGGAAGCUCAGAUGCAGAUGAUAAGGCGGACGAGCCUGUUUCAGCAGCUCCGCCAGCAACUUCACUGUUUGGUCGACUGAACCCUUUCAGUGCCUUGUCUGCUGAGCAGCCUCAGGCACCUCAAGUGGACACUACUGUUGGUGAUCGGCUAUCCACAGGUCCAUCCCAAGACACCCGCGGAUCGGUCAGUUUGUCGCCAAAGACCCAAAGCGGACGACCUAGUCUCGGGAGCACCGAUGAUUUACAACAGAUGCGCCGGCCCAGCGCCUUUGCAAUGGGUAAUGAGAAGGAUCGGGCCCCAAGCCUGCUACAACGUAUGAACAGCAUGACCCCGGGGCCAUUUGAUACGGAUCGACAGCCAUCGGCGAGUGGGCGCAUUGUCUCCGAUUUCCGUCCGACUACGCCGCUGGGACGCAGCAUGACAGAUUUGCGGCCAAACACACCAGCGCGAAGCAUGACAGACCUUCGACCAAAUACACCAGCGCGGAGCAUGACAGAUCUAGGACCAAACACGCCAGCACGCAGCAUGACAGACCUUCGACCAAACACACCAGCACGCAGCAUGACAGAUCUGCGAUCUAACACGCCAGCAGCCAGCAUGGCCGAUCUGCAACCAACCACUCCGAUCGAACGGCCAGGAACGUCGGCACGGAACCUCUCUACUGGACCCGGAAACCCGAUGACGCCAAUGAGAGGGAAUGGAUCUGAAGGAUCUGGUCCUCCCCAACGUGGGCCUCACCCACCGGGGCCGCCGCCACCAGGACUUGUUCAACAAGACCUGAAGCCCGACGACGCCUUCGCCAUGCUGAAUCGCGCCGAGACCUUUCCCCGGUCAAGCCAUACUCCAGAACCCCCACACCGGACACCAUCCGCACCUGGAUUCCGCCCCGAACGACCCCGACGACCGUCUGAAGCAGCUAGAGAUGCCGCAAGGGGCCCGGUAUCAGGGCCGAUGCCAGGCCCGAGGCCAGGCGCGAUGCCAGGUCCGAUCUCAAUGACGAACGAUCAAAUGAGAAGGCCGAGUAGAGGCCCAGACACAUCCCGUCCUCCACCACCACGGACCGGCCUCGUUCGGGCGAAAACUACAGGGCCAGAUGGAGCCCCUGCCGUACCAGCCAUCAAUCUCGCAGAGGAGUUUGGAGUAGGAAACCCAUAUCAUACACCAUCCGAAUCCGUUUCAUCCAAUGAAUCGAGCCAGGCUUCAUUCAAUGGUUCAACCCAGGGCACCACUACCUUGGAGCGCCGAUCUAGUCAAGCAAGUCAGGCUAGCUCAAGGACGAGCCCACCCCGAUCUGUGGCAUCCAGUGGGAGGAAAGGAUCAGACACGCCCACAUUUGACAGCUCUGUAACUGACCUACAGUCUACCGUGGACGAGGAUGGAGGUAAACUGACGCGGACACCCUCUACGCAAUCAGUUCCUUAUGAUGGUGGUAUUCCUCAAAUGCUCCGGAAGCUGAGACCACCACCCCUUAGCAAAAGGCCACCACCUCCAGAAGGUGGAUAUGAUCCACGAAUCGACCCACGCUUGCAGCGGAAUAAGUCACCCUUGGCUUCGCCUGCUCUUGAUCUUUCAGGUCUCGACGACCCAUUGAUUCGCCAAUUUGAUCGCGGAGUCUCUCCACAGCCCGCACCAUCUGCAUCUCCGCUGCUAGCCUCGGCAACAAUCGAGAGAAAGGAUCGAUCAUCAACUGCAACCGCGAACAGCCAACAAGAACGCCCGGCUUCUCAAUCGUCUCAGCGCCCAGCAGAGCGGAGCAGUCGCCAGUCCUUAUCCGCACUGGAGAUCCAACAACAGGAGCCGCCACAGCCAGACUCUCCUUUGUCUCCGGCAGAGGAGCAACAAAUGCCUGAAAUAAAAACUCAAGCCAAAGAGCGACAGCCCUCUCAACCACCGCAACCCGCCGAAUCGCCAGCUGCAAAGGUCGCUGAAGAGCAACAGGAACAGAAGACACAAACAAGCCCACGGGCUCCAGGACCGGACGAUUGGCAGCGUAGGAGUAGCGAUGGAACCGCAAAGCCGGAUCAAGAACGGGAGCGGGCGCCCUCGCAGCCUCGACAGGCUCCUCCAGCUACCUCAUCUCGUGGCGACUGCAAGGGCUGCAACCUGCCCAUCACAGGCAAAUCCAUUUCCAGCGCGGAUGGCCGUCUAACGGGACGUUACCACAAGGCCUGUUUCGUGUGCUCGACAUGUCGCCAGCCCUUCUCCUCAGCCACCUUCUAUGUCCACCAGGACCGACCGUUCUGCGAGCGCCAUUACCACGAGCUCAACGGAAGUCUCUGCGGAAGCUGCGACAACGGUAUCGAAGGCCAAUACCUCGAAGAUGAACGGCGCAGGAAGCACCACGUCGGUUGUUUCCGGUGUGGCGAUUGCAAGCUCGUGCUAAAGGACGGCUAUUUCGAGGUCAACGGAAAGGCCUAUUGCGAAAAGGACGCUUGGAGGAGAAUGCAGUGGCUCGCUAGUAACGGCGGUGGGGGCCCGGGUCGGAAACCUCCUCCGCCCGGACCGCGGUUCGGACCUCCUGGAGCAGGGGGGCCACCACGGACCGGUCCUAUGGGACCGAUGGGACCUGGUAUGGGCCGCCCCGGUAUGGGUCCGGGCGCACAUGACCUACCGCCGCCGGGUAUGCCGCGCAUGGAGAAGCGUAUGACGAGACUUGGCAUGAUUUGAGCUGCUUCAGUAGAGGCACUGUUGAGAGCUGACUGAUGGUUCUCGUCGAAUUCGAUCACAAAAUCCUUCCUACCCGAUGUGAAGGGAGGAGGGAGAAGGGUCGCUCUUGACCGGAAUAUUGACUCGGCCUCUUGCUCCCUUGCGGAAUGCACACAGACGGUUACUCGCGUUUUGUGCGCAAGAAACAUUCUCUUUGGGAUGUAAUCAAUACCCCUAGAUUGGGUUUACCUGCUUCACUUUCUUGAUUCAUUUCUGAUACCCAUGCCAACUAGCUUGGCUUUAUUUACGACAAUUUCCUUUUUCAUUGUUUCUUCUUUUUUUCCUUUUUUCUUUGUUUUUUCUUUUUUUUCUUUUUCUUUUUGUUCUUUCUCUCGUUGUACAUGUGAAAAAAAACUCAAAAAACAUGUAAUAUCUGAUGAUAAUCUUACAAUGUAUCGCAACAACAAUUUACCUCCAAGACCUGAUCUAUCUACCCAUGGGUAGUUAUGUAAGAGCAGAUGGAGAUUCGAAACAGGCAGGUUAGAAGAAUCGGAAGAGGGAAUUAAGCUUCAGGAGUUUUUGGGCAAGAAAGCAUAAGAGCGGGCUGAGGAUCCUGCUGUGUCAUAUCAAGGAUCAGCUAGUAGUACAAUCGGGAGGUUGCAGCGCCGGAUUGCCCCAGGGAGCCAAUGGACACGAGAGAGGGGGGGAGGGAGAGAAAGGAGGAAGAUAGAAG